AUAAAUAGCCAUACCGUCUGACCCGUUUAGGUACGCCAACCGGUUGGUUUUGGGCGGGAUAAGACACGCAAUUAACCAAUUGGAUCUUUUAAACGUAUUUAAAUGUCAAUUAAAUUGAAAAUAAUCAAUAAUACUAAAUUUUGAUGUUAUAAUAUCAAUCAAAAAAGAUACAGAUCUGAUAUUUAUAUGUGAAUUCAAUAACUGCCGGCGUUGUUACUUUCUCAAGGCUUUCAUGGCCGCGUCGGUGCGCCAAGCGUCGCGUCGUUCAGACCAAUCAAGUUUCUAAACUCUGAUUUCCGUUACUGCGAAUAGAGACAAACAAGAUAACGACACGUCAUUUCCAGUAGUCUUUAUUAAUUGAUUUUUUCAGUUUCAUGAUCUGUAAACGUUGAUUCAAUAACGAAUUAACUGAUAAUUAAAAUGAUAAUGGUGUCCUCCAAUACGCCGAGGAAGACUAAAAUCUUCGUCGGUCGUUUACCGGAGAAUUGUCGCAACGAUGAAUUACGCCAGUUAUUCCUUCGCUUUGGCGAAGUCACCGAAUGCGACGUGAUGAAUCGAUAUGGCUUCGUGCACAUGGCACGCGAAGAAGAUGCAGCAGCAGCCAUAAAGGCGCUACACAAUUCAAACUUCAAGGGCGCCACAAUAAACGUCGAACAGUCAACCGGGAAAUCACGCGGCGGUGCCGGAGGUGGUCGCCGUGAUGGAGAUCGACGUGGUGGACCAAUGAGAGGCGGCAGAGGUGGUCGAGAUGGAGGUCGUGACGGUCGUCCUGGUCCGUACAACGACCGAAGAGUUCUACCCAUCCAAAUCGUUGGUUACGACGGAUCUGCUACAGGUGGAGUUGCCGGUGGCUAUACUGAUUAUGGAAAUCGUGGCGGUGGGGACUUUAGUGGUCGCGGAGGAGAAUUUGGCGGUGGAUACAACGAUCGCGGUGCUUACGGUCAGAACGUAGGCGGAGCUACAAUGGGCGGUUACACAUCAACUGCACCAGGAAUGGGAGGCGGAUAUGGACCUGCUGGUGGGGCCGUCGGUGGUUACGGACCAACUGGAACAGCAGACUAUGGACGCUCCACGGACUACGCACGCGGUGCUGAUUUUGGAGCGCGCACAGAUUUCGGUAAUCGUGGAGGUUUUGGUUGCGAUCCAACAGGUCCUGUGGAUUAUGGCCGCACCGAUAAUUUCGGUGGCGGCCGCGCAGUCGAUUAUGCGCCAAGAAAUGAUUAUGAUCGGGGUGCAGCUGGACCAAUGAGAAAUGGCGGUGGCGGAGUAGCUACUGGAGGCUACGCUACUGGAUACGGUGACGUUGGGGGUUACCCGAGCGCGCCUGGGGAUAUCGGUCUUGCGGGGGGCCCUGUAGGUGUUAGUCAGAGUGGUCCCACGAUGUCUUACGAGAGGAGGGAUGGCGCUUCUCUCGUUAAUGAUAUCACUACGUUUAACAGGCCCAUCAGCGGUGGACCCAGUUACAGCACUGGUCCUGGCGGACCCAGCUACAGUACUGGUCCAGGACCCCAGACAGAUAUGUUUAGUAGAAGACCCGGAAACACCGUACCCAGCGGCGGAUAUCCACCUGUAGGAGGUUAUACCGAGGGUUAUGACAGACCAGAUGCAUAUGGUCCCCCACGUGGUGGCGGACGCUUCCCAGGUCCGGCAGACGCGAUGCCACCGAGGUACUAGAACGAAAAAAAAAAGCAAAAAAAAACAGAGUACUAAAGCAAAUUUAUAGGACGCGCGACGCGCUGAAAACCGAAAAGGGCUACGUAUACUUGAACGCGCCUUGCGGUGGCUUAUAGAAGCUCAGGGUACCGCAGUUGCGCAGUACGCCAGUGCGCACUUUCAUCUCGUCCCUUUACGAACACGAGCCACGAAACCUACGUCAUAAGAACGGACGUCCGUUCGCAGCGUAUAACAAAGGAAAUAAUAAAAAGAAAAACAACAACCGUGUAUAAUUUAUAUAUUAAUCCAGUAACGUUUAAGGAUAAAUUAAGGUACGUUUAAGGAGGAGGGGAAAGGAUAAAUAAUACCGAGACAGACAGACCCGUGGAUUAGAGUCAGUUUCAGAUUCAAAUUCAGAUAACAAUUCGUUUGAGAACAUUUGGAGCUAAAAAAUUGUCCAGCAAGGAAACGUCGAACGCUUUGACGCGUUUUAGAAGAGAAGAAAAAAGGAAUUCGCGAAUUGCAAUGUGAAAAUGGACGAGUCUCUUUUAUAUCGUUGAUUUUGUUAAUCUUUGACUCUCGUUGGCACUACCUUCGAAGGGGUUUAUUUUUUCAGUUUUUUUUUUACUCGUUAUCUCUUUUUUUGUCUCUUGUAAGCGUAGCCAAAAAAAAAAGAAGUGAAAGUCCUAGGCUAAACAUUCUCGCGUUAGCGCUUAACUCUCAACGUUGAUAACCAAUGUAGAUUAGACGAACUUCAAUUAUUAUCCAUCCUGUAGUGUAGUUGUGCGAAAAUAUAUAGAAAAGUUUGGAUUGAAAAAUAAGGAAAAAAAGAAAAAAAUAUAUAAAAACGGUCAGUGACAACAUAGGCUAUAAACGAUAUGCUGUAUGAUUCAUCUUUCUUUCUUUUUUUUUUUUAUAUGUAAGAACCUCAAGAUGUUGGAAAAAAAAUGUUCAUUAAUAAAGCGGAAGAAACGUGCUUAGAGGAAAUUGUCUCGAAUGUACCUUGAUGGAGAAUUAUUGAAUAAAACGAGGCGAUCAGCGUGUA